GCCGGGCCGAGCUGCCCGCCCGAGCCCCGCGUCGGAAGCGGGCGGCCGGCACCGGGCAGGGGAGCCGGCGGCGCCCGGGACCCCCGGUGCGGGCUGCCCCCGGCGGGCUCCCAUUGGCCGCGGGGCGGGACGUGCCGCCCGCUCCGGCCCUAUAUCAGGGCAAUAUUGCCCCGGCGGGGCGCGGGGCAGGUGCCGGAGCGGCGCUGCCCGCGCAGGCAUGGACCUGGGGUACUUCCCACUCGGGCUGUGCCGCGGGGCCCAGGUGCCCCCCUGCCCGCGGCGGGGGCCCGGCUCCUUCCCCCCGCCGGGCAUCGCGCCCGGCUCCGCGCCCCCCGCGCCGCCCGCCUGCGCGGGGUGCACUGCGGUCCCGGGCCCCGGCUACGAGAGACCACGAGGAGCUGGGACACCGGGCGAGGGCUGCGGGGAUCCGCCGCGACCCGACGACCCCGGUAUCCGCCGUCCGACCCCUCCGGAGCUCGGCCGUCCCCGUCCCGGCUCCCCGGCUCCCGGGGCGGCCCCCCGCACCUUCGAGUGGAUGCGAGUGAAGCGGAGCCCGCCCGGGAGAAGCGGCGCGGCGCCUCCCGCCUGCCCCCUGCGCACCAGCUUCAGCACCCGGCAGCUCACGGAGCUGGAGAAGGAGUUUCACUUCAGCCGCUACCUGUCGCGGGCCCGCCGCCUCGAGGUGGCCCGCUCGCUGCGCCUCCGCGACGCCCAGGUGAAGGUCUGGUUCCAGAACCGCCGCAUGAAGCAGAAGAAGCGGGAGCGGGAGGCGCUGGCAGCCCCUCGGGCAGCCCCGGGGAGCCCCGGCUGA